AUGUCUACACCCAAGAUCAUUCACCGUCUCAGAGACGUCCUCUCAGGCCGAAACCACGAUAAGCAUGCCAAAGGUGCAGAGCCGCCGGGAAGUUUUCCCUCGGAUGACGAGCCAGACCAUGCACAGGACCGGGAUGAGCUCCAGAAGUCAAUAGCAGAUGCUAUAUCAGCGGCUCUCAAUACCGACGACUUUACCAAAGCAGUUGCUGGACAUCUGGCUACGCAGUUACAACCCACACUCGCCGCGGCGUUUGACAUAUCCACUAUCGAAUCAAAGAUCCAAGCAUCGAACGAACAACUCACGCAACGAAUCAACCAAAGCAAUACCCAAACAUCUUCGAAGCUGUCCGAUCUAUCAUAUCUCGUUGACACCAACAAUACGCAAACCACUGGCAAGAUCAGUUCCAUCGAAGAUGCCGUCUCCAAGAUUACUGACUCGUUGGUGGAGCUUGGGAAUAAUAUCGAGGCUGUGCAACAGCAGAUUGGAUCCCCAGAUACGAGCUUGCUAACCUCGCACGGAGAGAAGCUGGACACAAUAUCAUCUGGCCUGCAAACAUUACACGCACGGGAAGUGCAAGCUCCGGUCGACUUUACUAGUCAAGAUGCCAAGCUUGCGGCCUUGUCUGCAGAACUUGGAUCUUUGAAGCUCGACAUUGAAGCCGGCACAAGUGCUGGUAUUGCUGGUCUUAGUGCUCAGGUUGGAGCAGUGCUUUCAGCUAUUGAGGUUCACCAAGCUACGCUCUCGGAGCUGAAGGCUUCAGAUGCUACACCUGAGAUCCUUGACCAACUCAAGACAUCAAACCAGUCUCAUGCUGCCCAUGCUGCUGCUCUGGACGAGAUCAGGAGCAAGGAUACUACCUCAGAAAUUCUGGGUGCUGUUCAGGCAUCACACGAGACAUUGGCAACACACACGGCAUCACUAAAUGCCCUGAAAGAAGUUGUCUCCGCACCAGCACCAGUGGCGGAGAAGAUUGAUUUGACAAGUCUGGAGAGCUCCAUCGAGAAUGUCGCCUCAACCUUAAACGCUCAUACCGGCACUCUCGAUGAAAUCAAAACUCUUGCUGCUCUUCCUUACCCAGUAAGCGAGAAGGUGGACCUCUCGUCUUUGGAGGCUUUUGUUGAGAAGUUGUCAGCUGCUCUUGCUGAAAUCAAAGCCACUAUCGAUACUCCACUACCUACGGUCGAGCAAAAAGAAGUUGAUCUCUCACCUCUUGUCUCUACCCUCGAUGCCCAUUCUGCUCACUUAGAAGCAAUUAAAUCGGCGGUAUCAGCACCAGUUCCUGAGGCAAAGGAAAUGGACCUAUCGCCAUUGGUUUCCACUCUUGAUGCCCACUCUGCUCAUCUGGAAGCAAUUAAAUCAGCAGUCUCUGCACCAAUCCCUGAGGCCAAGGAAGUUGACUUGUCACCCCUAGUGUCCAUUUUGGAUGCUCAUACGACCCAUCUUGAACAUAUCAAAUCCGCAGUCUCUCUACCUCCCCCAGAGAAGACAGACCUCACAGGCAUCGAAGCUUCUAUCGGUCUUCUUGCGGCAUCUCUCGCUGAAGUAAAGGCAUCAGUUGACAAGGAGACUCCUGCUCCUAAGGAGAUCGAUUUAUCCCCACUAGUAUCCACGCUCGACUCCCACACUACUCAUUUGUCCGAGCUUAAGGGACUCAUUAGCGGAUUGCCAGCUCCAGCUGUCGCUGCUCCUAUCGACUUCGCUCCCAUUGUUUCACACUUGGAGAGCCACACAACUCAUUUAGAGAAUAUCAAGUCUGCCAUCGCCAGCUCGGCUCCCGCUCAAGAUACGUCGGUAUUCUCGUCCCUCGAGUCAUCGUUUGAGAAAGUCAUGGAGACAUUGGGAGAGCACACAGAUACCCUGUCUGCCAUCAAGAAUGCACCUGCUCCCACUGCCGACCUCGACCCCAUCAAUACCACUCUCCAAGAGCAUUCUACACAUCUUGAGGCAAUCAAGGCUUUCGUCUCGGCUCCUCCCGCUGCAGUAGAAUCCACAGAUUUGGCUCCAAUUGUCUCACAUCUCCAAGAAAUCAAAGACAUCGUCUCUGCGCUGGCCACUGUACCAGAAGCUGUUGACUUGGCUCCUCUAGUUUCAACGCUGGAGACUCACACUCAGCAUCUUACUGAGCUCAAAGAAAUUGUCUCCAAGCCCGCUCCUACUGCUGACCCUGUCGAUUUCGCGCCAAUUGUUUCACACCUCGAGGCUCAUGGCGAACAACUCGCAGCUAUCAAAGAUACGGUCUCCGCUCCAGCAUCCGCCACAGAGCCAGUUGAUUUGACACCGUUUGUGUCAACAUUGGAAGCUCAUACAGCCCAUUUGACAGACAUUAAAGAGACCUUGGCUACCCAACCACCUUCUCAAUCUGUGGAUCUUGCACCACUGCUCUCAACCUUGGACUCCCACACUGCGCACCUUACAGAGCUCAAAGACAUCGUCUCUGCUCCACCUCCUGUAUCGGAACCGGUUGAUCUGACCCCAUUGGUAUCUACUCUGGAUGCUCACACGGCUCACCUCACAGCAAUCAAGGACACACUUGCGUCCCAACCCUCGCCUCCUGAGCCAGUCGAUCUAUCUCCUCUUGCAGCAACCCUUGAGGCUCAUGGUGCUCAUCUGACCGACAUUAAAGGCACUCUUGCAGUUCCUCCACCUGUUGCUGAAACAGUAGACUUAUCUCCCAUCACCGCACACUUGACAACGAUUCAAGACAUUGUUUCCGCUCCACCAGCAGUCCUAGAGCCAGUUGAUUUCAGUCCUAUUACUUCUGCUCUUGAGGCUCACAGUGGCCAUUUCGCAGACAUCAAGGCUACCCUGGCUACUCCCACCCCAGCGGCCGAGCCCGUCGAUUUCUCUCCGAUCGUCUCUACACUUGCAACGCACUCGGAACAUCUGAAUGCCAUCAAGGAUAUCGUUGCCCAACCUGCUCCAGUGGCCGAGAAGACUGAUCUUUCUGGCUUGGAAGCAUCCCUUGCUGGUCUGACAGCCACCAUUGGAUUACAUGGUGAACAUCUGAGCGAAAUCAAAGAGAAGGUCGCCACACCUACUCCUGCUGCGGAGCCGGUUGACUUGUCGCCCAUCACCGCACACUUGUCGGAGAUCAAAGAAAUCGUCAACACUUCAGGUUCUGUACCUGAUAAGACUGAUAUCACUGGCUUGGAGGCUUCGUUUGUGGCACUCACAGCCACUCUUGGAAUUCAUAGCGAGCAUCUUGCUGAGAUCAAGGACAAGGUCGCCGCACCAACCCCUGUCGCUGAGCCUACUGACCUGUCUGGUCUCCAAGGCUCCAUCGACGGGGUCGCUUCUUCUCUUGAUGCUCACAAAGCUACCCUCGAGGAGCACAGCGCCCAUUUGUCCGCGAUCAAAGACAUUGUUGCCACUCCCGCACCCGCACCAGAGCCCGUUGACCUUUCUGGUCUGGAAGGACACCUCACUGAUGUCAAGAGCUUGCUGGAAGUUCAAAAGGCUGCAAUUGAUGAACACACUGGUCACUUGAGUGCCAUCAAAGACAUCGUAGCUUCGCCUCCAGCCGUAGCUGAGCCGGUUGACUUAUCCGGCCUUGAGGGUCACCUUACAGAUGUCAAGAGUACCCUCGAGUCUCACAAAGCGGCCCUUAAUGAGCACUCCAGUCAUUUGACCGAUAUCAAGAGUAACAUUGCCUCCCCAGCUCCCAUCACUGACCUGUCUGGUCUCGAGGGCCACCUUACGGACGUCAAGAGUACACUUGAGUCCCACAAGGCCGCUCUUGACGAGCAUGCUGGUCACUUGACUGAGAUUAAGAGCACGGUCGCGACACCAGCUCCAGUGACUGACCUGUCUGCUCUCGAAUCUUCCGUGGCCGAGAUCAAAGCUUCUCUCGAUACUCAUCACACCAACAUCUCAGAGCUCAAGUCUACCGCUGAUGCACACACUGAGAACCUCUCGGCCAUCAGAGAAGUUGUAUCGGCACCCGCUCCAGUCACAGAUCUCUCUGGCCUCGAGAAUGCAAUCCAAAACGUCACGUCCUCUCUGGGUGACCAUCAUCAUGCCUUGACAGAGGUGAAGACCAAGGCUGAAGACCACAGCAAGCAUCUCCUGGAUUGGUUCUCCAAACCAUCACCGCCUGCUGAAGUUGUUGAUAUCUCGCACAUCGAGAAGCAUGUUUUGGAGGUCAAGGCUCUCGUUGAGGGUCUUCCUGUUCCUGCUGCCGUGAAGGAAGUCAAGGACGAGGAGAUCUUAGCUGCUCUUGGUCACGUAAAGGCUUUGAUCGAGGGUCUUCCUGUACCGACAGAAGCCAAGGAUGUGAAGGAUGAAGAGAUCCUCGCUGAACUUGGUCAUGUCAAGACUCUGAUCCAAGGCCUUCCUACUCCAACCGAGUCCAAGGAUGUCAAGGACGAGGAGAUCCUGAGCGAGCUUUCCGGCAUCAAGAUGCUCGUCGAAGCCAUCCCUGCUCAAGUCGACAUCAAGGACGACGAGAUAUUGACCGAGGUGAAAUCCAUCAAGGUUCUCGUCGAGGGUAUUCCGACUCCGAUCGCGCCCAAGGUUAUCAAAGAUGACGAGAUCCUGAGCGCUGUUCAAUCCGUCAAGAUCAUGGUCGAGCACAGCAUUGCUAAGAUGAACGGCAAUGUUGAAGAAGUUGGCGAGAAUGACAAGGGCGUCGAAGUCAAGAAUGGAAACGGUAGUAUGAGUGUCGUGGAGGCGUAG